CUCCAACGUGCGUAUUGUUUAUAGCGUGUCUAAAUGUUUGUGUUAGUAAAUGUGUAUUUGUUCUAAAUACCGAUUUCGUUUUGAGCGAAUUAACUCAGCAUGGACUGUGGACUAGCUUGAGCAUGUAGCUAGCUAACUUAGUAUUGACUGUUUCUAUUGGCAUUACCAACUCCCAAUACUACCACAUAGACUUGUCCAGACAAAACAAUGGCCUACAGGAGAGACAGAAACAUGAGGGAUGUCUACGAUGAACGCUUCCUACCAGACAGACCGGCCCCAUAUCCCAGAUCAGCUGUAGCAGGGCCUGUAGAGAGGAGGCCGGCUGGUUUCGGAAGGCCAGACGAGGAGUACAAUCGAGGGUUUGAGUAUGACGGGCCUCGCUUUUAUCCAAAUGGAGGCCCUCGAGGUUACCAUGGCGAGGAUCAAAGAGGCUACCAUGGCGACAGCCUUCAUUUUCCUAAUGAGCGCAGAGGUAUCCCACCUUCCCGGAGACCGGAGGAGCCGUACCCCUACCCUUCUAGACCACCUCCUAGAGAGGACCCCCAUACAACACGCCAGAUGGAGUUCAGAAGCAGUGGCCGUGCAGUACCCCCUCCCCCCAGCGUCAGGGCUCAGGGGAUGUACCCUGCACCCCGCUCCCUGUCUGCUGUGGUCCCAGAGGGGGGGGAUGACACCCUGAUGCAGGCCAUCCUAAACCUGGACAGAGGAAGGAAAGGCCCCUUGCCUCCCCUGAGAGCAGACGUCCCCCCCUCCCCCCACAGCCGGUCCGGCUCCACCGUCAGUAGCAAGAGUUACUCUCCUGACAGAGCCAAGGGUCUCCCCCACCCCGCCCAGCAGAAAAGUAAGUACCUCCCCCACCACUCACUCCCUACCAAUCAUGUUCCUCUUGGGUUGCAUUUAGUUCAGCAGCUUAUGAAGAGCUGGGAUUCCAGCUAAACUUGUCCAAUAGAC